AGUGACGGCCAUGUUAGUGACGUCAGUUUGCUUCCUGUCUCGGGAUAUCUCGUUCCGUCUCGCUGUGAGAGGACUGGGAGAGCAAGUUAUUUUGAGAUAUGGAUUUGUGAGAGGCGAGGGUAUAGCACUGUCUACACAAACCCGAUUCCCUCCGCCAAGUUACGUGGAACAGCCUCCCCCCCCCUGCUGUGAGGUCAGGCCAAGCUGUGAGAGGCAGGGAGAGGCAAUGGCCGGCCUGUGAGGAGAGAGAGAGAGAGGGAGGGACUGUGCGUGCGUGCGUGCGUGUGUGUGUACUGCCACCACCACCACCGCCACCACCACAGCCAGUUUUGACCUAUUCUUGGGGGGAGGGGCUGUGUGUGCGUGUGUUCGUGCGCGCUGCUUCUCUACGUGUGCCUGUGUGCCUGCGAGCAAGCGCGCCGGUGGUCUAAUUUGCCCUCAUCUUUCACCUGACCUCACCUGACCCACCCCUGUGACCUGACCCCGCUUGUGACCUCGCCAGACACGUCCCGGACACGUUCUGACUUGCGCCAUGGUGAGGUGUGGGGUGUGAAUGCCGUCUGUGACCUGGGCUGAGCUGGCGUGACCUCACCUGCUGCUGUGACCUCGCCCGGGAUCAUGUCAAGCACGGGGGGAACCUUCGUGGACCGGAUUGACCCCUUCGCCAAGAGGUCACUCAAAAAGAAGCCCAAGAGGUCACAAGGGUCAUCCCGAUACAGAACCACCAAUGAUGUAGAACUUCAGCCUCUGCCCCUGCUCAAAGAUGUACCAGGGUCAGAGCAAGAGGACCUGUUUCUGCGCAAGCUCCGUCAGUGCUGCGUUGGGUUUGACUUCCUGGACCCUGUGGCGGACCUUAAGGGGAAGGAGAUGAAGCGAACCACUCUUAAUGAACUGGUGGACUAUAUCACAGCAGGGCGAGGCGUUCUUACUGAGCCUGUCUACCCGGAGAUUAUUCGCAUGAUCGCCUGCAACCUGUUUCGCACACUGCCUCCCUCGGACAACCCAGAUUUUGACCCUGAGGAGGAUGACCCGACCCUGGAGGCAUCCUGGCCACACCUACAGCUGGUCUAUGAGUUCUUCUUACGCUUCCUGGAGAGUCCCGAUUUCCAGCCAGCCAUCGGGAAAAGGGUUAUAGAUCAGAAGUUCGUGCUGCAGUUACUGGAGUUAUUUGACAGUGAGGACCCGCGUGAGAGAGACUUUCUGAAAACUGUCCUACACAGGAUAUAUGGAAAGUUUCUGGGCCUUCGAGCGUUCAUCAGAAAACAGAUUAACAAUAUUUUCCUUAGGUUUGUAUAUGAGACGGAACAUUUCAAUGGUGUCGGAGAACUCCUCGAGAUACUGGGAAGUAUAAUCAACGGGUUUGCUCUGCCCCUGAAGGCGGAACACAAGCAGUUUUUGAUUAAGGUGCUCAUUCCCCUGCACAAGGUGAAGUGUUUGAGUCUGUACCAUGCCCAGCUAGCCUAUUGUGUGGUGCAGUUCCUGGAGAAGGACCCAACCCUUACCGAACCCGUCAUCAAGGGCCUGCUGAAGUUCUGGCCUAAGACGUGCAGCCAGAAGGAGGUGAUGUUUCUUGGUGAGAUAGAGGAGAUACUUGACGUGAUUGAGCCGUCACAGUUCGGCAAGAUUCAGGAGCCUUUGUUUAAGCAGAUUGCUAAGUGUGUGUCCAGCCCGCACUUCCAGGUGGCAGAGCGAGCCCUGUACUUCUGGAACAAUGAGUAUAUAAUGAGCUUGAUAGAAGAGAAUUCCAAUGUUAUUCUUCCCAUCAUGUUCCCGGCCCUCUACAGAAUUAGCAAGGAGCACUGGAACCAGACAAUUGUAGCACUAGUAUACAAUGUUCUCAAGACAUUUAUGGAGAUGAACAGCAAGCUUUUCGAUGAACUUACUGCUUCCUAUAAGGCUGAGAGACAAAGAGAGAAGAAGAGAGAGAGAGAGCGAGAUGAGCUGUGGAAGAAACUGCAGGCCCUGGAGCUGAACCAUCAACAACAGCAGCAGCAGCAGUGAAGGGGGGGGCACACCACACCCCAGACACCCCAGACACAAGAGGAAGAAGAGAGGAGGAGGAGGAGGAGAGGAAGACUGGCUACUGACCGGGAGUGAGUCGGAAAGUCGGUCGUUAAGUCAGUGAGACGCGCGGACGUACGGAUGAGUCAGUCAUGUUGUAUCAGUAAUAGAACUAAACUUUUAAACCCAAACAUCCUUAAUGUAUGUACGUGUGUAUGUACGUAUGUGUGUAUGUACGUACGUGUGUGUGUGUGUGUGUGUGUACCUAUGGGUGUGUAUGUGUGUAUAGCUUGCGUAUAUGUGCGUGUGUGUAUGUGUGUAUGUGUGCGUGUGUGUGUCCCAGCUCCCCCCCCCCCUUCACCCCUAGGCAGGUCCAUAGAUCUUUGUAGGUUCAGUGUUGAAGCUGUGUAUGUAUUCACUAUGUGGUAGCCAUUGACCGAUUAGUAGCGGCGGCGGCGGCAGCGGCGGCGAGACUCAAACGCAGCCCUAACCUAACCCGAUCCCUCACCCUCCAAUCCUGACCUUUCAUAGUCUAGUGUGACCUUCAAAAGCAUCCAAUUCUUUUUCCUAACCUACCCUAACCUCUGACCUCCAAAUUUUGACCUUUUGUAGUCUAGUGUGACCUUGAAAAGCAUCUUAUUGUUUUCCUAACCUACCCUGAUCCCUGACCUCCAAAUCUUGACCUUUCCUAGUCUGGUGUGACCUCGAAAAACAUCUUUAAUUUUUUCCUAUUUUGACCUGACUCCGGACCUCCAAUCCUGAUCUUUCUUAAUCUAGCGUGACCUUCAAAACCGUCUUAAUUUUUUCCUAUCUUGACCUGACCCUUGACCUUUCCUAGUGUACCGUGACCUCAAAAAACGCGUCAUUUUUUUUCCUACC